CUCCUUCGCCGCCUCCCAGGUUACCCAGACACCAUCCUGAUACUUCCUCCUGCUGACGGUCUGAAGAACGGGAAGCCAUGGUUUCCAAACGGAUCUUCAUCUGCAGCUUGGGCUCCAUCUAUUUAUCCCUCCUCUUCGUCUUUUUGCUCAUGGAUGUGUAUGCUCGGCCGGCCAACAGCUCCAUCCUCAAGGAGAAAACCGCCGACAACAAAGACGAAAACGAGAUCCUCCCUCCGGACCACUUGAACGGGGUCAAGAUGGAGCUGGACGGGCAUCUCAACAAGGACUUUCACCAGGAGGUUUUCCUGGGCAAAGAGAUGGAGGAAUUUGAGGAAGACUCGGAACCCCGGAGAAACCGGAAAAAGCUGGUGGUGAUUUUCUCAAAGGUCGACAUCAACCGCGACAAAAAAAUCAGCGCCAAGGAGAUGCAGCGCUGGAUCAUGGAGAAGACCGAGGAGCACUUCCAAGAGGCUGUGGAAGAAAACAAGAUGCAUUUCCGGGCCGUGGACCCCGACGGCGAUGGUCACGUGUCCUGGGAUGAAUAUAAAAUCAAGUUCCUGGCCAGCAAAGGCAUGAAUGAGAAGGAGGUGGCGGAAAAGAUCAAGAACAACGAAGAGCUGAAGAUUGACGAGGAGACCCAGGAAGUCCUCGACAACUUGAAGGACCGCUGGUACCAAGCGGAUAACCCUCCGGCUGACCUGUUGCUGAACGAGGAAGAGUUUUUGUCUUUCCUUCAUCCAGAGCACAGCAGAGGGAUGCUGAAGUUUAUGGUCAAGGAAAUUGUCCGGGAUUUGGAUCAGAACGGCGAUAGGAAGCUGACCCUUUCCGAGUUCAUUUCCUUGCCGGUUGGCACGGUGGAAAACCAACAAGCCCAGGAUGUGGACGACGACUGGGUGAAAGACCGGAAGAAAGAGUUCGAAGAAGUCAUUGACGCCAACCGUGACGGCAUCGUUACCAUGGAAGAGCUGGAGGAGUACAUGGACCCCAUGAACGAAUACAACGCCUUGAACGAAGCCAAGCAGAUGAUUGCCGUGGCAGAUGAGAACCAGAAUCACCACCUGGAGCUGGAGGAGAUCUUAAAAUACAGCGAAUAUUUCACCGGCAGCAAGCUGAUGGACUACGCGCGGAACGUCCACGAGGAAUUCUGAACGAGCAGAGCCCGGGGCGCCCGUCCAUCCGUCCGUCGCGCCGUCUUUCGCUUCCCCAAAGACGGCGCGUUUCCUUCUGCGGCUCGGCCCGCGUUCCGUGCAUCCACAGCGUGGCGUUCUGGACUUUUUCAAAGCCGUCCAUGUAGAUUAAAAGCCAAAUGUUUUCCGAACUCGAACCAGGAUCCGAUCCGGACAGGGUUCUUCUUGCUUUGUGGUGCUGGCUCUGAACAGUGUUCGCUUCAUUCUCCGAA